AUGGAGGUUGCAAUCGAGUCGGAGGCCCCGCUGGCCGUGGGCGAGUUUUUCGACGCCCUUGUGCGGGCUCGGCGUGAUGAGGCCCUGCCCGACGACCCGCAGCAGGUGUUCAGCUCCGGGGCGUGCAAGCUGCUGGAGCUGAAGGCGGCGCACCGCCGGCUGUGCGAAAACACGGAUGCGCUUCGGGAGGCGGCCAGCGAGGCCAAGAGCCAGCUCGAUGAUAGCAGCCUGCAGCUGCAGAACCUGCUCUACGAGCGGCAGCACUACGAGAAGGAGAUUGGCAGCUGCCGCGGGUGGCGGUCGGCAUACAGCGACGAGCAGAUUGCGCUGGUGCCGCUGGAGGAGUUUGCGGCGCUGUGCGGCGAGCUGGCGGCAGAGGAGGACCCGCACAAGCUCAUGCUCAACCGGUUGGCCCACGAAGUGUCCUACAGGCGGCAGUUUCUGAAGAAGCUGGAAGGGAUCAAGGCGCAGCGGGACGCCCUGGCGGCAGACGUGGCGCAGAAGCGCAGCACGGUGGCCGGGCUGGAGGGGGAGGUGGGCAAGCUGCUGGCGACGGCACAGGCGGUGCAGCAGCAGUAUGCCAUCACGCCCGCGGAUGGGCCGGCGGCGGCGGCUGCCAACGGCGGCGAGGCGGUGGAGCAAGCGGCGGCGGCGGCGGCGGGGGAUGUGGCGAUGCAGGAUGCUUGA